CCGGUUUUGAACGCACCGUCUCUCCGCACCGCGGUUUUCAAGCGCGCACAGUAGCGACUUAUCAUGGCGGCGCGAGAUUUUUUUUCCCAGCGUACUCUCGGGGUAUCUCGGUUUGUACUCUAGUGCGUGACGCUCACUCGUGCCGAGGAAUUCGCACGAAUCCGAGCAGCACGCGUAUUACGUUGGUCCGCUGUGCGCGUGGAGGGCGAUCCUAGGCUAGUCCGCGAUAAGCAGCCAGCCAUACAUCAAGAUGAACAAACGUCGUAGAACGUCGUCGGUAGCUAGCCGCGGCACUGAAGAUGACGGCGACGAUAUCCCACCGGAACCAACGAAGAGGAGGAAAAAAUUGGAUCCUAGUGACCUGUGCCAACAAUUGUACGAUGUGCUGCGUAACCAGAAGAAGGAAGACGGCAGCUUGUUGUGCGAUGCAUUUAUACGUGUGCCUAAACGCAGGCAGGAGCCAGGAUACUACGAAGUUGUCUCCAAUCCUAUCGACCUCUUGAAAGUGCAGCAGAAACUAAAAACCGACGAGUAUCGCGAUAUGGAUGACUUGGCUGCUGAUAUUCAACUUAUGGUUAAUAAUGCAAAAGCCUUUUACAUGCGUACAUCCCCUGAAUAUAAAGACGCGACUGAAUUGUGGGAAUUGUGUGUAAAUACCAAGAAUCGUAUUACGGAAGAAUAUGAAGACCCAGAACCUAAAGGGAAACUCAUCCUAAAAGUUGGAAGACUGCGUAAAGCAACGAGACAAGAUGACGCCGAAGAUACUUCUGAAAGUUCAGCAAAUCUCGAUGAAGAAACUAUGCAGCUGUUUGAAGAUCUAUUUACAGCAGUUAUGACAGCGACUGAUCCUAUGGACAAUAACAGGCCUCUUCACACUAUGUUUCAACUCAAACCCUCCAAGAAGCUUUAUCCCGAAUAUUAUGACGUCAUCGAGACACCGGUCGACUUGAAGACUGUCGCACGAAAAAUUCAAGAAGCUGCGUACAGCUCGGUCGGUGAUAUGGAAAAAGAUCUGAUGCUUAUGUGCCGUAACGCCUGUCAAUUUAACGAACCCGGCUCGCAAAUUUAUAAAGACGCCAAACUUUUGAAGAAAAUAAUCACCGCAGCUGCAAAGAGGCAAGACAGUGGGUUGGGCGGUAAUACGCCUAAAAUCACUACAACCGCGCCUUCGACGAGAAGUAAAAGAGGCAGUCGUACUAUGGCGCAAUCGUUGAUAGCACAAACAGCAGCGUUAGUCGACGAAGACGACGAAAGCGAUGACGAAGAUGAAGAAUUCGCUGAGACUGAAGAUCUGGAUAACCCGCAAUGGCAACUAUUCCAAACCAUCCGGACAGCUCCCAAUAAUCAAGGUCUUCGAAUAAGCGAAUAUUUUUGGAAGCUCCCGCCGAAGAGAACAUAUCCUGACUACUAUAAGACGAUCAAAAAUCCUAUAUGUUUACUGCAAAUACAUACAAAAAUAAAGAAAGGUGAAUACGGUACCGUUAGCGAAGUAGCCGGAGACAUGAAUAUCAUGUUUGAAAAUGCUAAAAAAUAUAACGUACAUACGUCUCGACUGUACAAGAGUGCGGUCAAGUUGCAGAAGAUAAUGCAAGAGAAAGUACAGGAGCUUCUAGAAUUCGAUCAGGAUUCCGAUUCAGAUAGCGAGUCGGAGAAUAGCUCUCAACAACCUAAAUUAAUCAAACGCGCCUCAAAUUUGUUAACUCGUGGAAAGUACAAGGACAAUAUACCGCUGAAGAAGAGAUUGUACGCGUUAGUCAAGUGUGUCAUAGAAUACGUUUGCGAAGACGGUCGGCAACCCAUGUUGAUGUUCAUGGAAAAGCCUUCGAAAAAAUUAUAUCCGGAUUAUUAUCAAGUGAUAGCGGAACCCAUAGACAUGUUGGCGAUCGAGGCCAAUAUUAAGGCGGAGAAAUAUCAAAGUGAGAAUGAAUUAAUACAAGAUUUUAAGUUAAUGUUUAACAAUUGCCGUCAAUACAACGAAGAAGGUUCAUUGAUAUACGAGGAUGCCAAUACGUUGGAGAAAGUCUUGAUGGACAAAGUGAAGGAAUUGGGACCUUUGCCGGACACUCCCAAGUCCAAGUCUACCGCAUCGACGCCAACCAGAAACGUCGGGAGACCGAAGAAAGUAGUGCCGCUUCAUUUGCAAAAAUUAAAAACCUUAUACGAUACCAUAAAAGAUUAUCAUGACGCGAAAGGGAGGCAACUAUCCUUAAUUUUCAUGAAGUUGCCGAAUAAAAAUGAAUAUCCGGAUUACUACGAGGUGAUUAAGCAGCCGAUACAUAUGGAGAAGAUAGCUGCCACCUUAAAGAAUAACGGAUAUGAAAAUUUGGACGAAUUAGUGUCCGAUUUUAUAUUAAUGUUUGACAACGCGUGCAAAUAUAACGAGCCGGACUCGCAGAUAUACAAGGAUGCUUUAAUACUUCAAAGAUUAGUGUUACAAAGUAAGCUACAACUGAGCGAAGAUGAAGAAAGUGUUCCAGAUGUGUCAGCCGCUGUUCAAGAGAUAUUAGCGACAAUAUUUACCGCGCUUUACAAUCAUCAAGAUGAAGAAGGGAGAUGUUACUCCGAUUCUAUGGCAGAACUUCAAGAGCACGAUAUUGUUGAUGGAAAAAAAGUACGAGGUUUGUCACUGGACUUGAUCAAGAGGAGAUUGGAUCGAGGAGUGUACAAGAGGUUGGAUCGGUUCCAAGAAGAUGUUUUUACAUGUCUGGAGAGAGCCCGCAGGUUAACGCGUACAGAUUCACAGCCGUUCGAAGAUAGCGUGGAACUUCAGGCGUUCUUUUUGCGCACACGCGACGAGGCAACCCGCGGAGGGGAUCUGUUGCACUCGCCGGCGUUGAAUUACACGCUUCUUGAUUUGUCAGCUCAGGUGGCAGAACUCAAGAGAUUGAAGCAACAGCAGGAAUUAAAUCUCCCCAACGAAGAUGAGAGCUGUGACGGAAAUGAGACAAAGGAUUCUGAAACAAAUACAAACACGGAGACAAAUAAUAGUGAUAACGGAGGAUCCAUGAGUUUCAACCAAGAAGUGUACAGGGCCGGUGACUUCGCCUAUGUCGAGCCGACGGAAAGAGGCAUGGAAUGCGGCGUGGUUCUCAUAGAGAGGCUCUGGACCAACGCGGAGGGUCAGCAAAUGUUGUACGGAAAUUUGUUUUACAGACCGAGCGAGACGUAUCAUGUUGCAUCGCGGAAAUUUCUCGACAAGGAAUUAUUCAAAAGCGACGCUCACGUAGCGAUACCUUUGGUAAAAGUGGCGGGCAGAUGUUGCGUUUUAAGUGUCAAGGAUUACUUUCGCAUGCAACCGGAGGGAUUCCUCGAGAAAGACGUGUACGUAUGCGAGUCGCGUUAUUCCACGAAAGCCAGAGCUUUCAAGAAGAUCAAAGUCUGGAAUUUCGAUCCUGAUCAUUUGAAAUUGGUCCCGAGGGAGAAACCGUUAGAACCGAAACGUGUGAUUUCUGUAUAUAAAGAACGAUUAGAAAAGCAUAAGGAAGAAAUCGCCGAGUUGGAGGAGGGGGAGAAAUUAAUGGAGAAGGAAAGACCGGUGAGUGACUCGGUACACAAGAAUUUCGUACAAAUUAAAAAUGUGAUACUGUACAAUCCGGAAGAUACCGAAAACACAUAUUACGAACAGUACAACACAUGCGCGGGAUCUGUGAAAACUGGUGAUUUCGUUUAUGUAGCGACAGAUGGGGGCAGGCAGCAGAUAGCGCAGAUCGAUGCUCUCUGGUCAACCAAAGACGGCAAGUGCUAUUUCAAAGGUCCAUGGCUAUUGAUGCCUACAGAAGUGCCACAUACACCUACGAAAUUAUUUUAUAAGCAAGAACUGUUCUUAUCCACCGUGGACGGUACUCAUCCGAUCGUUGCUAUCGUUGGCAAGUGCGCGGUCCUUGAUUACGGGGAAUACAUAUGCAGCCGACCGACGGAAAUACCAGAGGAUGACGUGUAUAUUUGCGAGUCGCUAUACGACGAAAGUAAAAGCUUAAUGAAGAAACUCGGCCAGGAAGGCCUGAAAAAGUUCAAUCACACGUCGGCGGUGACAGAUGACGAGAUCUAUUUCUUCCGGAGGCCCAUUAAUCCCGCCAAGGUUUCGAGCGACGUGGCUCAGACGCAAAAUCAAGUCAAGUCCGUCACGCCCAGCUCGGCUCAAUUUGAGAUGGAAGCAUCACCAUUGUUACCGAAGCUGGAACCCGAUGUACUAAGCAUGGGGGUAGGAUUAGGAGUGGGAGUGGGAGUAGGAGUUGGGGAAGACAGCAUGGAUGCUGGUGGUCCACCAUCCGUUGGAUCCACGGAAGCUCAACCGGUGCUCUCCAAUACUCAAACUCCUGUGUCGACUAAGAAGAAAACGGCGGGUAAGAAAUUAGUUACGGGCUAUAUUUUGUAUUCGAGUAAAAUGCGAACGCAGAUUACACAAAACAAUCCUGAAUCGUCCUUCGGAGAGAUUAGCAGAAUUGUUGGCAACGAGUGGAGGAAGUUGCCGGCGGGCGAGAAGCAAGCCUGGGAGGAACGAGCGAUCAAGAUGAACGAGGACGGGGGACAGUUGAAAGGGACGUCGGUAUCGGUAGGCACGACCGCUACACAGGACGUAGUGUACGAGUGUUGUUGGGACAAUUGUGAUUGGCAGUUCGAGGACAUGACCGAUUGCAUCGAUCACUGCAUCGCCGAACAAAAUGGCCAUGUGCAAUCGUCAUUCGUGAACGCUCCCAGCGAUGUGGAGUUUCAGUGCCAAUGGCGCGGCUGCGGCCGCACGAAGAAGACCGUUCCGCCGUUCCCGAGCGUACAGAGACUCGCCAGACACGUGAAGGAGGUGCACAUUCUCAAGUCGCACGGUCGUAUAAUACCUCCCUCCGAGAGAAGCAAGAAUUAUAUGGCUUCGAAAGGGCCGACGGUAUUGCCACCGAUGGAAACAGAAACUUCAGCCGCAGCGACUCAAACGAGCAGCAUACCUGCCGCCAAGCAGCCGGAACCGAUGUUCGUCGCGGUACCGCCGAGACCAAGCCGCGUCUUGCAUUCGGAUGCUUAUUUGAGGUACAUCGAAGGAUUAAACGUGGAAAACCGUUACAUAUCAAAUUGGGAUAAGCAAAUGAACGCUAAUCCGGAUAACACGCAAAUCCCGGACGUGACGAAACUGCCUGCCGAAUGGUUGGGCAAUGGCGUCGGCAACCAUGGCAAUGUGGUAAACGCUUUGUGGACACUCAGAAACAUGAUGAUGCGGGAUGUGUUAGCCAUUAAUAAAACUUUAUAGUUUAUAAACUGUUAAGAUUGUAUAACUUUUUUUUCUUUUUUUUUUAAUGCGCUUGCGAUGCCACCUACACUUUGGUAAUUCAGACAGACAAGUUCGUUGAUGCUAGAUGAAAGACUGAAGAUAUUCAAUCUUUUGAAUGUUAGGAUAUUUAUGUCAACGUUUAGGAUCCGCGUUUUGUUUGUUUUAUUUCUAUUAUAUUACUUAGUGUGUUUUUUUUUUUCAUAAUUUAAUGAUCAAUGAACGCGGUAAUUAUGACGAAAUAUAUCCUGCAAAAAUGUGACUGCUCUAAAUAUUUAAUUUUUUUAUUCAGAUUUCUCCAAGUUUAGAGAUUCGAAAAGUGAGAAGAAAAAUUUAUGUUUAACUAUAUAUUAGAGAAAUUACUGUUCUUUAAACACUUUUCACCGCGUGUCGCUUAAGUAUACGACGUGUGUACAUAAGGAAAGUUUAGUACAUAAAAAAAAAACCAUCAUCAUGUAAAUACGUCUGCUAUGAUCUUCGUUUUUACUUUUCGAACAAAAUUUUAUACUUUCCGUAUAGCGCAGUAAUACAUAUUCUUGUAUUAAGAGACACAAAAGUUGAAAUACUUCCUGUGCUGUAUUAAAAGUGUAAUAGGAAAGUUGUAUGUAUAUAGGAACUAUACAAUAAUCUGCGAAGCGGUCUAUUGAUAGUGCGACAAACAUGCCGCUUUAUUUUAGCAGUACUGUUCUGAUAUUCUCGGAGGAUAUCGAAGGCAUAGCGAGAUUAAUCAAACGAUCUAUGUGCUAUUGUGUCCCAAUAGCUGAAAGGAAUGGAAUCCUAUGGCGCAUCUUCGACAGUGUAACAUCUCGUAGUACAUUAUUUUGUUAAGAAUUUUCGACAUCGUCAGAGAAAUUUUCAAAACGUUGCAAAUACAAAAUGAAAUUUUUACUACAGUAAAAA